UGUUUGGGGUCCAGGUUUAUGUGUUAACAGUGGGCAGCGUCAGAGAGCCCCAGGAUGUCAAGGGGAGAUCAUUAGUUUUAAUCUCAUCCCACCUCUUGUUUUGCAGUGAAAGAAAUGGAGGUGUCCCUGUGGUAGAGCUGGAGCCUGAUUCCCAGUCUCCUUCCCCUGCUCUGUCCACCCUCGCUGCUGCAGUCAGCUGGCAGUAUUUAUGGUGGAUCUUUAUUAAAGUAGAUACCUUUUUAGAGACAGCCAUGGGUGCCAGGUGGUGCUGAGAGCAGUGGGGCAUGGCUGCAGCCCUGCAGAUCCUGCCUCGCUUGGCCCGAGCUCCCUUGCGCCCACUUCUCUUGGGGGGCCCAGUGGCCCGGCUGGCCAGUGGCAUGGCCCUGGCAGAGCACGCACGGCAGCUGUUUGAGAGCGCUGUGGGUGCCGUGCUGCCAGGCCCCAUGCUGCACCGGGCACUGUCCUUGGACCUUGACAGUGGGCAGCUGAAGGUGCGGGACCGGAGCUUUCAGCUGCGGCAAAACCUCUACCUGGUGGGCUUUGGCAAGGCUGUACUGGGCAUGGCAGCUGCAGCCGAGGAGCUACUGGGCCAGCAUCUCGUGCAGGGUGUGAUCAGCGUUCCCAAGGGGAUCCGUGCUGCCAUGGAGCGUGCUGGCAAGCAGGAAAUGCUGCUGAAGCCACACAGCCGUGUCCAAGUAUUCGAGGGUGCGGAGGACAACUUGCCUGACCGUGAUGCAUUGCGGGCUGCACUGGCCAUCCGGCAGCUGGCUGAAGGUCUCACAGCUGAUGACCUGCUGCUCGUGUUCAUCUCAGGUGGGGGCUCAGCCCUGCUGCCUGCCCCCAUCCCACCCAUCACACUGGAGGAGAAGCAGACACUCACCAAGCUGCUGGCAGCCCGAGGAGCCACUAUCCAGGAGCUGAACACCAUCCGGAAGGCCUUAUCCCAGCUCAAGGGUGGGGGGCUGGCUCAGGCUGCCUACCCUGCCCAGGUGGUGAGCCUGAUUCUGUCAGAUGUGGUGGGGGACCCUGUGGAGGUGAUCGCCAGUGGACCCACUGUGGCCAGCGUCCACAGCGUGCAAGAUUGCCUGCACAUCCUCAAUCGCUAUGGCCUUCGUGCUGCCCUGCCACGUUCUGUGAAAACUGUGCUGGCUCGGGCUGACUCUGACCCCCAUGGGCCACACAGCUGUGGUCAUGUCCUCAAUGUGAUCAUUGGCUCCAAUGCACUGGCACUGGCUGAGGCCCAGCGGCAGGCUGAGGCGCUGGGGUACCGGGCUGUGGUGCUGAGCACAGCCAUACAGGGCAAUGUGAAAAGUGUGGCUCAGUUCUACGGGCUGCUGGCCCGAGUGGCUGGAGCCCACCUCACCCCACCUAGGGCUGGAACCUUUAUGGAGGAGGAUGAACAACUCCAUGAACUGGCGGCCAAGCUCCAGCUCCCAGAUCUGCAGCUGAAGGAGGCUCUGGAGGCUGUGGCAGGGACUGGGAGCCCUGUCUGCCUGCUGGCUGGUGGUGAGCCCACAGUGCAGUUGCAGGGCUCAGGGAAGGGUGGCCGGAACCAGGAACUGGCCCUGCGUGUUGGAGCAGAGCUUGGACAAUGGCCACUGGGGCCUAUUGACGUGCUGUUUUUGAGCGGUGGCACCGAUGGGCAGGAUGGGCCCACAGAAGCAGCAGGCGCCUGGGUCAUGCCUGAGCUUGCCAGCCAGGCCACUGCCGAGGGCCUGGAUGUGGCCACCUUCCUAGCCCACAAUGACUCACAUACCUUCUUCAGCCACUUCCGGGGUGGGGCGCACCUGCUACAUACAGGGCUGACUGGCACCAAUGUCAUGGACGCCCACAUCCUAUUCCUGUGGCCACGGUGACAGCAUAGGUCAUGUUUUGGGAGUCCAGAGGAGGCCUACAGAGCAGUGUCCUGGGGCAGAGCAGGGUUGGUCCCCAGGGCCUCACCAGGCUUUAGGGCCCCUCCUCUCCUUGGCCCUGGCUGCUUGGUUGGCCCUCACACCUCUCACCCAGGGCCUCUGCUCCGUGUCUAUUCCCCCAACCAGACUGGCAGGUGGGGCCUCUCUUCCACCUCUACUUUUCCCAUGGCGGCAGCACCUGAGGACCAAGACGAGCCCCUUGUUCACUGUUCUGGAUCAUCUGCCCCAGGCAGCCCCUCUGCUGAGCUUCUGAGCCUGUUUUUUGUGUGGUGUGAAGCAAGAAGGACUGAAAAUAAAAAGGACCACACUAUGGGU